CUUGAAUUUUAGUUUUUAGGUUAUAUUUGUUUGUAAUCAUCCAGAGAGGCAAAGUCUAUAGAUUUUAUAGCUUAAUCUUGUUUAAUUAAUUUUCCAUAAAUAGAUUGUAAUUGGCAUUGAAAGACAAGAUGUUGAGGAAAAUUUUCUCAAGAACACUAGCUCUCCGUUCAAAUUCGUUUGUGCGGUGUGGUGAUAAUGUUGAUAUCAAUAGGCAAAUACACUGUGGAGUUUGUUUAAGGCAUCCUAGGUAUACAUCCAAGACAAACAGCACCUCACCAGGUUUGGCCAGCAAGUACCAAGUGAUUACAGAUGCGAAUCCUACGAUUAUAGAAAACACUGCUGAAGAGAUAUACAUAGAAGACAAGUACCCUAUACUUAGUGAUGAAUUUGAUGGCAUCAAUUUAGAAAGAGGUAAAACUGGUGUCUUUGAUAUAGAAGAUCUUGUAGAAAUACUGCAAAGAGAAAACUCAAAAGACAUAUUUGUAGCCACAGUCCCUCAAGACAUCCGCUAUGUGGAUCACAUAUGUGUUGUCAGUGGUCGGAACAACAGACAUAUUUUAGGAAUAGCACAAUUUGUACGAAGGGUGUAUAAGAAAAAGUCUUCAAAAUCAGACCAUAUACCUAGAAUAGAAGGCAAAGACUCCGAUGAAUGGAUGGCAUUAGAUUUAGGUAACAUUGCUUUACAUAUCUUCACAGAUAAAGCAAGAAAAAUGUAUGACUUGGAGACUCUUUGGUCUGUUGGGCCAGAGUAUGAUAACCAGAUAAAUAAGAACAGUGAAGUUGUGGAUAUGUUUGAGAACUAUAGUGAUUACCUAAAGGAUCUCAAACCUUUGGGAUAAAACAUGUGAAUAAAUAUGUACAUGUAAAUAGUUUUGUUAAUAGAUACCUAAUCCUAAAAUAGUUGACAACUGUUUUAAUUAAAAACCCUUUAAAAGUCUCAUAUAAAAUGUUUAUUUCUGCUUAAUUACAUUAAAGAUACAUAAACGGAUUGUAUAAUUCAAUCACAAUUCACAAUCUAAAUAAUUAUGAAAUAUUGAAUCAAGUUUUAUCAUCAAUUAAAUAAAAACAAAUAUCCAUAAUAUCUCAAUUGGAAUACGAAAAUUUAUUAUCCAUUAUAAUUGCUGUAAUAAUGUCUGUUCAUCAAGUUCAAUACUAAUAUAAUUUGAUAUACAAAAUAACAAUUUGGCAUAAUUUAUAUAACUAGCUCAGAAUUUUUAAAUGCAGUAAUAUGACAAUGUAAAAUUAUACAAAAGAACAGCGGUUGACUAAAUACAUUCAUACCACAUUCAGAAGAUCCUUAGUUCAGUCAAAUGCAGUUGCACAUACUAGUAAAUCUAAGUAUACACUAAGUAGCAUAGUUUUUGAAAGCAACCUAACAUUAGUGCUUUAUGAGAUAAAACUAACUAUGUAUAAGGAUAAAAUAUAUUGGAAGCCAAUUAAUACAGACUGUAACACAUGUCUUUGUGUAGUAUAUUAGCAAUUAUAAUAAUAAAAAAAAUGUUUGGACCACCAA